AAAGCCGUAUCACUUUCAGAACUGUGGUGGGAAAGAUGUAAAUAACAUUGUUUGGAGUAGUAGGAACCUGCUUUGUUUUGUUAACUUGCUCCAUUGUACAUCUUUGUACUCUUUUGUUGAAUUUUAACGAGAUAAUUAUUUUACCUAUAAAAAAUACCAUCAUGAUGAUUCAUAAUAAAAAUAAAUAAUAUUUGCAUUAUGAGUUGAUGAGAUAAAUAUACGGGCACUGUAAACAGUAACUAUAAUUAAAAUAAUAAUUUAUACAGCAUACAUAUAUCCAGCAUCUCGUGUAUUGACAUAUUAUAGAUAAGAGUACACUCUGUUUAUUGUUGACACUGAUGUAUUAUACACUUCUAUUGUAAUCGACAAUACGACUGUUUUUAUUACCUGCCUAGAUUACAGUAUUUAUAUUUAAUUUUAAUGAAAUCGAUAGAAUAAUAGUAUUGAAAUCAUGGAGAAUGAACACAUAAAAAGGCUUCUACUCCCAGAUGAAGAAACAUUAUUUGAACAAAUUAUAAGAUAUGGACUUUAUGUUGGUGCAGUCUUCCAAGUUAUUUGCAUUUUAACUGUAGCUAUAUAUCAUAAUUGGCCUGGUGAUAGUUUUUCUUCACUUAAAGAUGAUUCUACAAGUGAUGUAGAUUAUUCUGAGAGUAGUCCACAAGUGACUCCAAGAAAACCUCAUCGUGGAAGAAAACAAGAAAAGAAAAAAAGACGUUGAUUUAUUUCUACUGUGUUGUUAUUUUUAUAAUAUUCAAUUAUCUUGUUUAUAAUUUUUUUGUACUUUGUAAAAUUUGUGAAUGAAUGUUUCGUUACUCUCAUUUUUUUUUAAAUAUUUAACAUACUUGUACGUGUGAGUAGAAAAUUUUUAU